UGCACUUCCUUCUGUCGACGUUCAAUGAACAUUGACGUAUCGACUCUGAAAACGAUCACUUCCUGCUCUUUGCAAGAUACCAUGGCUGAGCUUCCGCAUAUAGGACGGCACUGUGACGCCGAGCUGUGCCAUCUACUUGAUUUUCUCCCAGUACGUUGUGAUGCGUGUUCGGGAACCUUUUGUUUAUCACAUUAUACUUACGAAGGACAUAAUUGCAAAAAUGCGUAUAAAAAGAAUGUUCAAGUUCCCAUCUGCCCCAUUUGCGACAGGCCUGUACCUACACCGAAAGGCAUCUCUCCGGAUGCUCAAGUUAACGAACAUAUUCUGAAUAAUUGUGCUGCUAGUGCGAAAAAGAAGGUUUAUGUAAAUAAAUGCUCUGUGAAGGGUUGUAAAAAGAAGGAGCUUGUACCCAUACGCUGCCCAAAUUGUAAGUACAACUUCUGCCUUGCUCAUCGACAUGAAAGAGACCAUGAUUGCGAACAGUUCCAGAAAACGCCUCCACUAUCUAGACAUGCUGCCGCCGCUAUAGCAAGAAAUCAAGGUGGACAAAAUUGUGCUAGCCAAGCUCGAACAGCGCAAAUGUCCGAGGAUGAGGCGUUAGCAAGGGCCUUAGCCGAAUCUAUGAAUGACGUACAGAUUAGUCCAGAAGAACGAGAUCGAAGAUUAGCAGAACAACUGCAGCAACAGGAGUACGCGAGUGGAGGCCCAAGGGAGCGGAGAAAUCAGCGAAGUCGAGGCGGGAACAACAAUUGUACAGUUUCUUAGAAGUGGCCGAAAUAUUUUGUGUAUAUUUUUACUAGUCUGUUUGCAGUGUGCUAAUUUGCUUGUACUUGUCUGUGAUACUUCCUCAAACUUUUUUUUUCUGUUUUUAUUUUUGCUUGGUAAUUUGCUAUCAUGAUACCAUUCACUUUUGUCAAAAAACUUCAUUGGUUUAAGAGGCAUCUUUUGAUUUGAAAAAUUGACUAAAGCUGAGGUGAAUCUGUAUUCAUGUUAUUUCUUUUCUACCUUUUUUCAGAAUGAACGAAUUUGUUGCUAGCCACUCUGUCUGUCAUUCUUUGAAGUCUACCUUUCUUUUCACGUAACUUUCAUUAGACUAAGUUCUGUGAUGUUCUGAUGAUCCGUGUUUUUGAAAAGUCUUUACUGUUCUCUUCAUGCAGUGAUACAUAUCUGAUCUGUUUCAUUUUUUGAGAUAAACGCAUUUUUGGCU